UCCUGAGUCAUCGCGCCUGUGUUUCGAAAGCAGCAAUUUCAAGUUACGCACRAGUUUUGUACAAGUUUUCACCCACAAAAAUAAAUAUUCAGCCAUGGAGGGCUCCGUGUCGAAUGUGGAGGUCUGUAAUUUAGCAUACAGCGGGCAGUACGAUAAACUAAAACAGUGUAUUUUAUCGGAUAAAACGCUUGCCUGCAAAACGGACCAGGACGGCAGGACCGCGCUACACUGGGCUUGUUCAGCUGGCCACACCGAUAUUGUGACGUUUCUGCUUGAACUGGGAGUUGAUGUGAAUCUCCAAGAUGAUACCUCCUGGACUCCUUUGCACAUUGCUGCCUCUGCAGGCAGAGAAGACAUCGUGAGGUCUUUGAUCAGCAAAGGAGCUCAGCUGAACUCAGUCAAUCAAAAUGGAUGUACGCCUCUGCACUACGCUGCCUCCAAAGACAGAUAUGAGAUUGCCUUGCUGUUGCUGGAAAAUGGAGCAGACCCCAAUGCUACUGACAAGUUGGAUUCCACCCCACUCCACAGGGCAUCCGCUAAGGGCAACUACCGCCUCAUCCAGCUGCUCCUCAAGCAGAGCGCCUCAACAAACAUCCAGGACUCGCAGGGCAACACAGCGCUCCAUCUUGCGUGCGACGAGGAGCGAGUCGAAGCAGCCAAGCUGCUGGUAGAACAUGGAGCCAGCAUUUAUAUCGAGAACAAAGAGGAGAAGACCCCACUCCAGAUAGCCAAGGGCGGCUUGGGAAACCUGCUUCGGCGAAUUGUGGAGGGUUGAUGCUUUAACUAACUUAUUCAUAUUUCGUCUGAAAUCCACACCAGUGCCACGAUACAUCCUAAAAAUUGUCAUUCCACUCAGUCCCUCUUGACCAGGUUUGGUACGAUACAAACAGGUGGAACAUGAGAUGGUGUGUAAGAAACCUUUGGACAGUACUGCACCCUCAUCAGCUUCUUCAUGGGUUUUUAAUACAGAUACCAUGUCUGAUGAAAAACGGUGUCAUUUACAAAGUGAAAUACACAUCGAAACAAUGUAAAACUAUUUAGAAUAAAUUUGUUAACAAAUGCA